CUUCCUGGCCUUCCGCCAUUGGCAGCGCUGUUUCUCCCCGCACAAGCGGCUCGCUUCUAGCCGGGAAUAAACCCCGGCGGAGACACGGCCGGGGUGGAGGGAGGUGGAGUUUGUCGUCACCGUCGGCGGGGAGGAGGAAGGCGAAGAAGAAAGGGGGAGAGAGAGAGAGAGAGAGAGAGAGGAGGCGAACCGGGGCCAGAAAACGAAGGGAGGUUCGCCGCUGGAUGAAUUUCCCGUGUAAAGUUUCCACGCAGCAAACUGCCAAAGAGUUGGCGUCAACAAAAUGAUAACGCCGUACUUUAUAGAACAUUUCUGGGGCGAAAAAAAUAAUGGCUUCGACGUGCUGUACCACAACAUGAAGCAUGGACAGAUCUCCUCCAAGGAGCUGACGGACUUCAUCAGGGAAAGGAGUGUUAUUGAAGAGGCCUACGCCCGCUCCAUUACCAAACUUGCCAAGACGGCAGGGAACUUUUCGCAGCUCGGGACGUUCGCUCCGGUGUGGGAAGUCUUCAAGGGGUCCACGGAGAAGCUGGCCGUCUGCCACAUGGAGCUGGUGAGGAAGCUGCAGGAGCUUAUAAAAGAGGUGCACAAGUACGUGGAGGAGCAGGCCAAAGCGCACAAAAAGACGAAAGAGGAGGUGGCGUCCACCUUGGAGGCCGUGCAGAACAUCCAGGCCACCUCUCAAGCCCUGCAGAAGUCCAAGGAGAACUACAACGCCAAAACUGUGGAGCAGGAGCGCCUCCGUAAGGAAGGAGCCACCCAGAGGGACGUGGACAAGGCGGGAAUCAAAGCCAAAAAAGCCACAGAGACCUACAAGUCCUACGUGGAGAAAUACGCCGUAGCCAAGUCCGAGUUUGAACAGAAGAUGGCGGAAACAGCACAGAGGUUCCAAGACAUUGAAGAAAGCCACAUUCUCCACAUGAGGGAGAUCAUCCAGUCGUAUUCGCAAUCCGUCGACGAAACACAUGUUCAAAUAGGGGAGGUUCACACUGAAUUUGUGAGGAACAUCGAGAACACCUCUGUAGACGGCUUAAUACAGAAGCUGGCAGAAAGCAAAGGAACGGGCAAGGAGCGACCAGGACCCAUUGAGUUUGAGGAGUGCAAUGCUGCUAUUGCUACGGAAGGUGCCAAACCCAGGAAGAGGAAGCCUUUCGGCAUCCCAGGACGGAGGAAAGACAAAGACACAGACUCCACGGAGUCCACAGAAGUCGAGAGCAACACUGCCAAUGGCGCUCCCCCCGGAUACUACGGGGCCAUAGACAUCCAGAAUGCCAAUGUUCCGCGGGUGGAUGAUGAAGGUUUCUGCAUCAGGCCAGAAGCAAUGGACAAUGAUGCCAAAGAGAACUCCUUCUACUCGUCCAGCGACUCGGAGGACGAGGACGAGCCCCGGAAGUUCCACGUGGAAAUAAAGCCCGUCCAGCCCAACAACGGCACACAUCAGAACCGAGCCACCAUCGACGAGCUCAAGGCGUCCAUCGGCAACAUCGUGCUGUCUCCUUCCACCUCGGGCCAAAUGCGGAGGAACCAAUCCAGGUUCACAGGAGUGUCCGCAUUAGGCUCCAAGGCUCAGGGUGCUGGUGAUGAGCUAGCCAAACCCAGAGUGCCACCUUCAUACGAACUGUCCAACAACGACCUCUUGUCCCUCGAUCCGCUUGGUCCCUUCCUGGCAGCGAGCUCGGCCAACGCCGCGUCCACAACCACAGAGGAGAUGGCGCCAGCGCCCGAACGCUCGCCCCAUUUGGCCGAGCGCCAGCAAUCCAAAGACGUCUCCUCUUUUUCCUCGUCCACAUCCUCUCCUUGGGACUCCCCUGUAGACCCUUUCAAGGCACUCCGCCCGGCGCCGGUCCGGGCCCACAGCGCCCCCAUCACGCUGCCGCCCGAGCCGGCGGACCCCUUCGAGAGCUCGCCGGGCGACGUUGAGGACGCCGCAUCCUCGCUGUCCUGGUCCCAGAGCCAGUGGAUCGCCUUCGGUGACAAUAUGGCUUCCUCACGCCGACACGGCCCCGGUCCUCCUUUGAGGCUUCAGUCCGGCAGGUCGAGCCGCUUCCUGUCGGAUGACUCCGCCGACGCCUACUGCAAAACGGCGGAAGGUUUUUCUGACAGUUUCUCUGAGCUGAGCGACGGGGCGACAGCGGCCGCUCCGUCGAGCAAAAUAUUCCCUGUGCCCAACCGACCUACGACCCCUCUGACAGCCGGAGCCCUGGUGCCGCCGCCCCGACCCUCCUCCAGGCCAAAGCUCCCCACUGGGAAACUCACCGGCAUCAAUGAGAUUGUCCGACCCUUCAGCCCGCCCAAGGGGUCCGGCGCCAGCCCACCUCCCGGCGCGCCCCUCGCUCGCGCAGAGAGCUCAUCCUCCUUGUCGUCGAAUGCCUCGCUCAGUGCGGCAAACACGCCCACAGUCGGUAAGAAGACGUUACUCAUCCCUCCCAUGUUCUCCUGUGCACCAUUCCUCCUGGCCUCCAUUAUCCCUUCCUCUUCCUUUCAAUCAGGACCUCAGCACACUUUUAGUCUCCCCAUCUCUUCUCGAGAGACAGAACUGCUCUCAUUUCCUUCUUUCUUUUUCCUGAAGGAUGACAUGUUUGUCGCCAAGCUGCCCACCUUUGAGAGGCGAUGUGAAACACCAGCAGGCACGUCCCGCGGUCCCAGCCCUGUGACCCUGGCAUCCCAAGAUGCUUUGCCUAUUGCCGUGGCCUUCACCGAGUCGGUUAAUGCUUACUUCAAAGGCGCUGAUCCCACAAAGUGCAUCGUGAAGAUCACGGGGGACAUGACGCUGUCGUUCCCUGUGGGCAUCAUCAAGGUGUUCACCGGCAACCCCUCCCCCGCCGUGCUCACCUUCAAGUUGAAGAACACCAGCAGGCUGGAGCAGAUCCAUCCCAACCAGCAGCUCCUCUUCAGUGAUCUUUCCCAAAGUGACUCGGACUCGAAAGACUUCUGGUUCAACAUGCAAGCGCUGACGUCCUACCUCAGGAAAGCCGCGGACCAGAACCCGGCGGCUUCCUACUACAAUGUGGACAUCCUCAAGUACCAGGUGCAGUCUGACGGCAUCCACUCCACGCCGCUCAACCUGGCCGUGUACUGGAAGUGUUCCCCGAGCACCACGGACCUGCGGGUGGACUACCGCUACAACCCGGACUCCAUGGCCUCGCCGGGGCCGCUCGGCAACCUGCAGAUCUUGGUGCCGGUCGACGGCGGCGUCACCAGCAUGCAGUCCCUGCCCAGCGCCCUCUGGAACGGCGAGCAGAAUAAAUGUCUGUGGAAGCUGAGCGACAUUUCUGACAAGUCGGAAAACGAAGGCGCCGGCUCUCUGAGGGCCAAGUUUGAGGUGUCCAGCGGCCCGUCCAACCCGUCCACGCUGGCGGUGCAGUUCAUGAACGAGGGCAGCACGCUGUCGGGGGUGGGCAUGGAGCUGCAAGGGAGCGGCUACAGGCUGUCUCUCAGCAAGAAGAGAUUCGCCACAGGUCGAUACAUGGCGGAUUGCUGAAGCCACGUCAAAUCUUAUCCUGCUUUACGGCUUAAAAAAAAACAACAAAAAAAAACUUGCAAAGCCAAACCGGACCCGCCCCCAAAUAAAGCCGCACUGAGUACCGAACACUGUCGAAAGCGAUGGAGAAAGGUGAGCUUUGAGAGCCGCGUGUCGCCAUGACGACGCCUCGUCCCUUCAGUCUUUUUUUUGUCGGCCAACACUUUAUCUCACCGCAAAAAAAGAGGGGGGGGUGAAAAAAAAACACAUGCACUAACAAACUUGUUCUCACCUCUCUCGUGUAAAUAUGACUUGCUCCAAUCUUUACUGCCGGCGUUUAACGCUUCUUUGGAUGGCGUGCGACGAAAGAGGAUUCCUUAAUGGAAAAAGAAAGGAAAAAAAAAAAAAAAGGACCCUCAGUGCCUCUCGCUCGCAUUUUCUCCUCAAUCAGGGCUCUUUUUUUUUCCUCAAGCCUUUUAAAAAAAAUGUCGUCCUUACUGUAAAAACCCUUAAGACGCUUUCAAAAAGUCCAGAUUAACUCGUAGCUUUUUCUUAACGCAACAAAACUUGAAGUGUUUUUAACAUUUUGUGUCGACUGACAUCAACGCCGUCGUGGACGCCGAAGGGAAGACCGGAAGAACCGCAAAAAAGUCGUCAUCGCUCCGUUUGUGUCACAUGACCUUUCUGAAAGGCGUCUCACCGUAUCGUCUUGGGCGCCGUUUCAAGCGGCGAACAUUUCAAUCGUUUCCCCCCCCCCCCCCCCCCCCAGCGAGCCUUAAGACCCCAACGUUGUGGUGUCAGCAAGCUGGUUCUUGCUCUCCCCCAAACAACCAGCCUCCAUCUUUGCUCACUUUCAUUUUCCUUCUCUAUGUCUUUGUAUUUAACAGAUUUUUUUAAAGGAAACAAAAAAUACGCUAAUUUGUGUAAAUGAUUCUCAUAAUUUGUAAAUUUUUUUACCAGUAUCAGCCACUUUCUCUACGUGAUGAUUUCUCACUGUGCCUGUAUGAAAUGUGUAAUAUAUGAAUUAUAUACAAAUAUAUGGAUGACUACUUUAA